AUGUACGAUCAUCUUAGCCCAACUAUUAAUUACAGCAUAAGGGCAGUCCGUCGCUCCCUCAAUCCUCGCUACUGGUCCUCAUCAGUGGAAUGCGAUGACCAGGGCAGGGCCUCCACGGCGACGCAACAAAGCAACUACACUCAGGCAGACGUGGUCACCGAUAUUUACUAUUUAAUGUUCGAAAAGAUUAAAUCCACGACUGAGAAGAAGAUAGAGAACUGUCCUGAACUGCCUUCUGGCUUAGGUCCUGAACUAGAAGAUCGAUCGAUUAUCGCGAAGAAUUUGGAAUACUUUGAAACGAAGUCCAGCGAAGUGAAACCUGGUGGGAUUUACCGUCCGACGACUUGCAAGCCUCUUCAUAGUGUUGCCAUUAUUAUAGCUUACAGAGGCUGCAAAAACUACAUCUCGACUUUCCUGAAUAUUAUGCACCCGUUUUUAAUAAAACAGCAGUUGGACUAUCAGAUCUUCGUGGUCGAACAAAGCAACAAGACCCAACCUUACAACCGUGGUAAGCUACUAAACGUGGGCUUCGCGGAGGCCACGCGAUCCCGCAAGGAUGGCUUCAGCUGCAUCAUUCUGCAUGAGCCCCACAUCGUGCCCAUGGACUCCAGGAACUUGUACCGGUGUAGCUGGUACCCGAGGCAGCUCGCUACGUCUGUUGAGAGACCUUUGAAGUAUGUAUCUUUUUGA